AUGAAUUAUUUAAAUAUUAUUGACAGAGUGUCUCGAUAUUAUACGGAAAACAAAAAUGACAUCUAUAUUGAUUUAUCUUUUGGUUUAUUCCUAACUAUUGUUAAUAUGAAAUAUUCUCUCAAAGAUAAGGAGGAUAUUAUUCCUGCCGAUAUAAGAACAAAAAUGCAAAAUAUUAUUUCUAAAAAUGAACAAUUAUUACAAUAUUACGAAGAAUACGGAGAUGAAACCCGCAUAGAGACUUUACUGAUCAAUAGUCUAUUUUCAAACGCUUCACUAUGGAUAAACCGACUGGAGAAUUUUAAACAUACAUUUGGAGAAAAUGAAACAUAUUCUCGUAGCGAGUUAAACAAAAGAUAUUCGUACUGGAAUCGCUAUUUGCAUGAAGUUGAUAGACUAGAAGAUUGGAUUCCAAGUCCGAAGCAAUCUGAUGGGUGCUUAGUGUCGCUGUCUAUCAAUCCUGUGAAUUAUAAAACGCCUCUAUCAUGGUGUCCUGUGGCGGACUUUUGCUACACCAUGUUGGUGAAAGGAACUGAUUUUGGCUACGCUCUCGGACACCGAUUGUUACUUCUCAUAAUGGCUCGUAUGGGUCACGGCUGCCGUGUCCUAUCUGAACGUGAAGAUAAAGAAUUGUCCCAGAAGUUCUGUUCCAUGGCUUACGCUGAAGCUCAAUACAUUGCGUUUAAUAAAUAUGGAAAUGCUGACCUCAUGUUAGAAUUCACGACGUUGUGUUCCUUGGAAAGUCAUGCUGAAUUCCUCCAUCGUAGGUGGCUUAAAAAUUUAAAACGAUUUCAACUGCGAAGUGGAUGUUUUGUUACUCAAAUUAUCAUGGCAGAGCCUCCAAGUACCCUUUUCGAAGACAAACUCACGGACCAGGCGCUCGAUCCUGUUGAAGAAUGUAACACACACACAACUGCGUUAGCGAUUGCCACUUAUUCGUCGGCUGUUAGAUUUAUUCUGCAAAAGUAUUAU